AUGGUUCUGACAGGGCACUCACUCGGUAGAAACAAGCUAGAACAACUUCUGAAACAAGGAAGGCAAUCAAAAGAGGACAUUAAUUCUACAUACAAAAUUAUGCGUAGGGUAGAAGCAGAAGAACUUUCACUUGAUGCUGCAGAACUUGUUAUUACAAGCACCAAGCAGGAGAUUGAUGAACAGUGGGGACUAUAUGAUGGAUUUGAUGUAAAGCUUGAGAAAGUUUUGAGGGCCCGUGCAAGAAGAGGGGUCAAUUGCCAUGGUCGCUACAUGCCAAGGAUGGCGGUUAUCCCUCCUGGGAUGGACUUCAGCAAUGUCAUAGCACAAGAAGACACAGCCGAAGUCGAUGGUGAACUUGUAGCACUAACCAAUGGUGAUGGUGCUUCACCUAAAGCACUCCCUCCAAUAUGGUCAGAAGUAAUGCGGUUUCUCACAAAUCCCCACAAGCCAAUGAUUCUAGCAUUGUCAAGACCAGAUCCAAAGAAAAAUAUUACCACACUUGCAGCUCAUUAUGCUGAUGCUAUUGGUCCCUGCUAUGGAAUUCCCAAUUAUUGUGAUGUUUGGUAUUUGGGAUCCCUGCAUAGAUGGAUAAACUCCGAUGUCUCACUGUUACAUUUGGAAGGUCUUUUCCUGUGCUUGCGACUUGGUAAAUGGGAAACAGGAUUAGGUGGAACUGGCUACUACGUUGCUUGUAUUACAGGAUGCUACUUUUGGAAACCAUUUAUUGCUUAUAAGCACUGA